UCCUCCGUUCGCUCCGUCUCGCCCCGUCACCUAGCCCCCCACCUGUCUCUCGCUCUCUUUUUGAAUCGGCUCCUGUCGCGUGACGUCACGGACUUUCACUCGCUGCCGCCGCCGCCGCCGAGCUCGGGAAGCAGCUCGCGCUCUCCCCGCGAAACAAAGUAGCGUCCGCGACGCGAGAGAGCGGCGGGAGGGAUAAUGGAGCCGGAGCGGGACUAAAAAGAGACGGAGGAGGACCGACAGGAGGACCUACGGCUCCAGGGAGGACCUACGGCCCCAAGGGAGGACCACGGCCUAAGCCUCUGGAAAACUUUGGGAAAAGCUAUCGAACAUUUUUAACACGGGCACCAUGGAUUCAUUGUCGCUGGUGGGACUCGCGUUCCUGCUUUCGCCGGCCGCGAGCGUCCUCGGCCAAAUACCGACAGGAAGUUGUACAUUUGACGAGGGUUUCUCUCAGUGCGAUUACCAACAGGAUCCUUACGAUGACUUUGACUGGAUGCACAUCAGUACCCAGGAGGUGCCAUAUGUCUCCCCAGAUUUGCCACAAGAGCCGAUGAGGACCCCUAAGCGUCUCAAGAUCGCCGAGACCAGGUCUCGUCUGAUUGCGGUGGACUGGGAGUCGCUGGGCUACAACAUAACUCGAUGUCACACCUUCAAUGUGACCAUAUGCUACCAUUACAUGACUGCCAACAACCGCAGCAAGGCCGACUGCUUGGAUAUGGACCCUAAAGCACCACGCCACCUGGUGGGGAACCUGCCCCCCUACACCAACGUCAGUCUGAAGAUGAUACUGACGAAUCCAGAGGGACGGAAGGAGAGUGACGAGACAGUCAUACAGACUGACGAGGACGUGCCGGGAUCAGUUCCCACUCAGUCAGUGAGAGCCACUCCGUUUGAAGACAGAAUCCUGCUGUACUGGAAGGAACCAGCUGAGCCCAAUGGAGUGAUCAUACAAUAUGAGAUAAGUUACAGCGGUAUACGUUCGUUCGACCCCUCCGUGCCUCUCCAGCGGCCAGGACUGACGGUGUCCUUGCCCUCCAAUGCCACCCAUCACCUGUUUUCCCAGCUCCACCCGGGCGUCACAUACCAGCUCUCAAUACGGGCAUCCACCUCCAAAGGGUUCGGACCCCCAACUACGCUCAAUGUGACCACGAACAUUUCAGCCCCUACACUGGAAGAGUAUGAUGGGUCAGAGGCCUUUCUUAAUGAAACUGCAACAACCAUCACUGUCCUGCUCAAACCUGCCCAGGCUAAAGGAGCUCCUAUAAGUGCGUACCAGAUUGUGGUGGAGGAAGUGAAUCCUCAGCGUUCACGUCGCCAAGCUUCCUCUGACUGCUACCAGGUCCCCAUGUCCUACCACAGUGCCUCUAAUGGUGGAUCACCGUAUUACUAUGCUGCGCAGCUUUCCCCCAGUAACCUGCCAGAGCCCCUUCCCUUCACUGUGGGCGACAACAGGACUUACCAGGGUUUCUGGAAUCCUCCACUGGCUCCACGGAAGAACUACAAUAUCUACCUCCAGGCAGUUAGCAGUACAGAGAGGGAGACUAAAACCCAGUGCCUGAGGCUGGCUACGAAAGGUGCUACAGAGGAGCCCGAGGUAAUCCCUGACCCCGCUAAACAGACCGAUCGGGUGGUGAAGAUCGCUGGGAUCAGUGCUGGAGUUCUAGUGUUUAUACUGCUGGUGCUGGUAGCCAUCUUACUGGUCAAGAAGAGGAAACUGGCAAAGAAACGUAAGGACGCCAUCGGGACCACGCGGCAGGAAAUGACACACAUGGUGAAUGCAAUGGAUCGUAGCUACGCCGACCAGAGCACGCUCCAUGGAGAGGACCCCAUGGCUGUGACGUUUAUGGACUCUCACAACUACAACAACAGAUUGCCCAACGACCCUCUGGUACCUACUGCUGUGCUAGAUGAGAACCACAGCGGUUCCGCGGCGGAGAACAGCAGACUGCUGGAUGUUCCUCGGUAUCACUGUGAAGGAACCGAGUCUCCGUACCAAACGGGCCAGCUCCACCCUGCCAUCAGGGUAGCCGACCUCCUUCAGCACAUCAACCUAAUGAAAACGUCAGACAGCUAUGGCUUCAAAGAGGAGUACGAGAGUUUUUUUGAAGGCCAGUCGGCCUCCUGGGAUGUGGCCAAGAAGGAGCAGAACCGCACCAAGAAUCGCUAUGGCAACAUCAUAGCCUAUGACCACUCGAGGGUUAUUCUCCAGCCAAUAGAAGAUGACCCCUCCUCUGACUAUAUCAACGCCAACUACAUCGAUGGCUACCAGAGACCAAGUCACUACAUCGCCACACAGGGUCCUGUUCAUGAGACGGUUUAUGACUUCUGGCGGAUGGUGUGGCAGGAGCAGUCAGCCUGCAUUGUCAUGGUCACCAAUCUGGUAGAGGUUGGAAGGGUUAAGUGCUACAAAUAUUGGCCGGAUGAUGCCGAGGUGUACGGAGAUUUCAAGGUGACUUUUGUGGAAGUGGAACCUCUGGCCGAGUAUGUGGUCCGGACUUUUACUUUGGAGAGGCGUGGAUUCAACGAGGUGCGUGAGGUCAAGCAGUUCCACUUUACCGGCUGGCCUGAUCAUGGAGUUCCCUAUCACGCCACGGGACUACUUUCCUUUAUCCGCAGAGUCAAGAUCUCCAAUCCACCCUCUGCGGGGCCUAUAGUGGUUCACUGCAGUGCUGGAGCAGGACGUACAGGCUGUUUCAUCGUCAUUGAUAUCAUGCUGGACAUGGCUGAGAGAGAAGGAGUGGUGGACAUCUACAACUGCGUGAAAGCCCUACGCUCCAGGAGGAUCAACAUGGUACAGACUGAGGAGCAGUAUAUUUUCAUCCAUGAUGCCAUACUAGAAGCCUGUCUGUGCGGGGAGACAGCCAUACCGGUCUGUGAGUUCAAAGCUGCCUUCUAUGAGCUGAUCCGCAUCGACUCCCAGACCAACUCGUCACAUCUGAAGGAUGAGUUCCAGACGUUAAACUCAGUGACCCCCCAGCCACAGCCAGAAGACUGCAGCAUCGCUCUGUUGCCUAGGAACCAGGAGAAAAACCGCUUUAUGGAUGGCCUUCCACCUGACAGAUGUCUGCCCUUCCUCAUUACAAUAGAUGGAGAAAGUAGCAACUACAUCAACGCUGCUCUGAUGGAUAGUUACCGACAGCCUGCUGCAUUCAUCGUUACCCAGCAUCCUCUGCCUAACACCGUCAAGGACUUCUGGCGUCUGGUUUACGACUACGGAUGCACCAGUCUGGUGAUGCUGAAUGAGAUUGACCUGGCCCAGGGUUGUCCCCAGUACUGGCCGGAGGAGGGCAUGUUACGUUAUGGUCCGGUCCAGGUGGAGUGUAUGUCUUGUUCUAUGGACUGUGAUGUGAUCAGUAGACUCUUCAGGGUCUGCAACCUCACCAGGCCCCAGGAAGGCUACCUGAUGGUGCGUCAGUUCCAGUAUCUCGGCUGGGCAGGACACAGAGAAGUCCCAGCCUCCAAGCGUUCCUUCCUCAAACUCAUCCUCCAGGUUGACCAGUGGCAGCGUGAGGGAGAGGAGGGCGAAGGGAGAACUAUAGUUCAUUGCUUGAAUGGUGGAGGGCGUAGUGGAGUGUUCUGUGCCAGCAGCAUUGUGUGCGAGAUGGCCAAGAGACAGAGUGUGGUCGAUGUCUUCCACGCCGUGAAGAGCCUGAGGAACAGCAAACCCAACAUGGUAGACACUCCGGAGCAGUAUCGUUUCUGCUACGAUCUAGCGCUGGAGUUCAUCGAGACCUCCUAAGAAGAGGGGGAGUGGAGGAGGACAGGAAGAGUGCUCUUUUCAGCCUCCCGUUUCGUGUAAUGUUUUGCUUUUGCUUGAUGUUCCAGCGCCCCUCUGUGGUGGCUGUUUUGUAGCAUCCAUUUUGCGUCCCUCCUAUUCAUAAGAGUGAGCGGGUUCAGUGGGAGAUGCCAAAUGGGCAAAAGUGAAAUCGACUAAAGUCCCCUCAGAUAACGUCAGUAAAUUGAAACUUUUACCUCUAAGACUUCCAACAGGAAGUGUGAUGGAGAGAAGAGAAGUGGGAGAAUAAUUUCUGUACAUUUUUUUUUUUUUUUGAGUGCCAUCCAGCCCCGGUGUGUUUCGGGCUCCAGAGACUGUGGGCCCGGGCCAUGAUUAAACUCCAAGCCUCGCGUUGCCACAGCUGCAGUACUCAACAUGAGGCGUAGAUGGCGGCCUUGCUCUAGCAAGCUCAAAGUGUCGCUCGAGAGAGAGAGAAUAUUGCAUUUUAGUUUUUCAUCACACGCCUCUCUCAACACUUAACGGUGAUCCCUCGUUACCUGAUAAAGUGCUGAAGUUUUUGGGACACCUCGUUACGGCAAACGUUUAAUAUUCGCUGCCAUCACGUCAUACCGGAGAACGGGGCCCCACAACAUGGGCUCAAACCUGCACAAAUUCUUUUAAUGGCUCUUUUUUUCCGCUCCAGACACCAGCGAUGUACUCUUCACCCGACGUUUUGCUCAUGUCGGUAGUCAGUGAGUCGUGGAAAACAAACAUUGGACACUGAGACAGAAGUUACUAGUAUUUUCUGAAGCUCCUUUAGUAUUGGUUACAGCAGAUGGGUGGGGUCCUGAGGAGACGGUCGCAUGAUGCGAGGGACACGGUAGUAACACGGGUUGGUGUCUAAGAUAAUGUGGAGGCAGCAUGUACAGUGGAAAACAGUACAGCUGAAAUACCAGGGGUAUUAUUGAUAACUGUGGGCAGCAAAGUUGAUAAACUUGGUCUGCUCUUAGAAAGCAUCAGUGCAUCUUAACAUGUGCACUGGGACUUAAAAACAGAAGUUAGAUGUAGGAUUUCAGCUAAAACGGACACGAGUUAUAAAAAUGGUUACCACGGUCAGUGCUGGUGAACGGCUCUAGUCGGCCACUUCCUGUCGGCUGAUUUCAUUUCCUCUUCCUCUCUUUUCAAACGUAACUUACCUGCCUACCGGAAGAGAGAUCUUAAGCCUUAUGACGCCCUUCCUCGAACCCCCCCCCCCCCCCCCCAGAUGUACUAACCCCCGCCACAAUGAACCCAUUAGAACACCAGGGACGCUGUUCGGCCCAAACGACUGCGCCUGGGCUCUUCCUGCAAAACGACUUCAGCCGCCGAUGGUUUACACAUGCGAAACCGCGAUGAUCUGUGUGCUCGAACCCGCGCUCUCUUCAGUGCUGCUGCAGAAGUAAAUCCGGGGUUGCAUUUUAAACCCCGCUUCAGCACGUGGGCUUGUUGUAUCCAGCGCCACCGGGUUAUAAUGAGCUUGAGCGUGCUCGUUUCCGGGGCCGUGCCCGGUGCUCUUGCAGUCCAGCCGGUUCCGACCGCUGCAGGUCCUUCCAAAUUCAAACAGCACCGGUAGACUUCCUGUGUGGGCAGACGUGUCCUUUCCGUUUUAGAAAGAGAGAAGGAAAGCUGGCCCCCCGAGCAGACGAGUGGGCUUACGUUUCAGAUCAGGAUGGAAUCGAAAGGGAACCGAUCCCAGACCUUGUUUGUUUAUGUUGCACUGAUGGCCGCCAUGUUUCUCAUGUUGUUAUUUUGUAGUGGAUGUUUAUGUCAUAAGCCAAAGACUUUGUGUAAAUAUGUCUAUACGGAUGAAGCACAUUGUUUGUAUUUAUUGUUUUGUUUACUUGCGUCACGUAUAAGAACAAUCAUUCGUCAUUCUGUGUUUACUCUACCACCAGCGUUUCUUAAACUGCAUGGGUUGGGACGCAAAAUGGCUCGCCGGCGUGCUCCCGGCGGGGCCCCCCCGCAAAGCAGAGGUACUAGAAUGUGUCCGUGAGGCCGAGUCCCCCCUUUGACCCGGUUUUGGGGGAAUCCUCGCCGAGAAGGAGCGCUAGCGUGGUCUCGUCGAGCCCGGCCUUCCGAGGGUUAGAGGCUUCACAUUUACCAAGUUUGGGUCCAUGCAGAAACCGUUUGAAGACCCCCCCCCCCCCCGAUCCAAGCUGUACAUUAAGGUGUUAGAUGUAGUUUUUUGAAUAUGUAGGUGGACUUCAGUAGUAGUACCUUGUUUUUGCUUAGGAAUCUCUGUGAUGUUAUCGUGGUUUAUUUGUGUAAAAAAAACAAAACAAACAUCAUUUCCUCUGCUCGCGGACAAGUCGAACCUCGGGUUUCGGCCCCAGAAGGGCGGCGUCGGUGCAUUUUACAUGCACGGAGUAAUCCGAACGAUGGCUCCCAUCCCAUUUUCGAGGUCCUCUAUGGGACGAGCUGUUUUGUCUGUAUCCUCACGUCCUGCUCGCCAGUAUCCCCGAAUACAGAUGCUGACUGGUGAUGCAGGCACCACGGGGGGGGGGGGGGGUACGCAGGGGUAUGAAUAGCAUUUUCUUGUGCCUAAUGGUUUGAAUUUCCUUGUUGAUAUAAUGCAUUUAACAGCAUUUUAACUGAAUUUUAGACUGCAAGCAGGGCUUGGCAAAAAAAAAGAAAAGAAAAGAAAAAAAAAGGCUUUCUCAUAGAGGAUUAAGGUUUCAAAUACGUUUGGGACCGCAAUUGGUGUUUGGCUGAGCAGAACAAGGUUUUACAGAAUUACUGAACACCGGAAGUGUUUCUGUUGUACGCAGGCUGGCUCUAAAAAGUCAUUAUGUAAAUAAAAUGACAGAGGUUGUUUUACAGUCAGAACACAAGUGGUUCUGCUGUAAGUUUUUUUUUUAUAUAUAUAUACAUAUAUAUACAUAUAUAUAUAUAAAUGGACUAUCACUGAUAAACUCAUAGGCUCUUAAGAGCAGUAGACAUUUUGCUGUUUGGACAGAAUGAGAAAACAUGUUUUGGAUGAAACAUCAGAGAUUUGUACCUCUGGACCACGAGAGACUUUACUUCAGGUAGAGCCUCACAUGAGCCCGGUCCUUGUUGAAGUUGAGGUUUCACUGCAGACUCAUCUUCAGAGGGUUGGGCCGUCUGCAGGCCCAUCACGGUUCUGUUGUUUUUCUCUGCACAUUUCCAGUCAGACCCCAAGAGGAAAGAAGGUUUAAGGCAUCAUUUUUAAGGCCACAGUGGGUAGUUCAUAUGGACUAGCGUCCUUUCAGAGAGGAGUGAGAUUUUUUCCAAACUGUACAAAAGGGAAAAUGGCCAAGUACUUGUCGGCCAUAAUGUCCAUCAGCAUUGCUUCAUGGAGUUGAGCCCUGGUCCAAAGUGAAGCAGUACAAGGAGAUCAUAUCAUCCAAAAUUAUUACGAACAUCCAUUUGUAAACUACAGAUUUAAGGGGGAAGUGUGUGUGGGGUUACCCACCGUACUUCUUAUUUAACAAAAUGGCCGCAAAGAAUAAUGACGUCAGUGAAGCCGGUGUUGUGAUGGGAGGCCAGUCUGAAUAAAAUGUUGAUAUUCAUGGUUCAUAACUAUUCUUGUCUGUAAUGUUUGGCUUCUUUGCUGUAUUAAAGAGAAGUUCUUUAAUUAAAA